AGCUCACAAAUAUAUAUAGAGAGAGAUAUGGGUGAAGAGACGCAAGGCAUGAAAGUAAUGGGGGAAUGGUCACCGGUUAUAGUAAUGGUGAUAACUAACAUAGCGAUGGGUUCAGUGAAUGCACUUGUGAAGAAAGCUCUUGAUGUUGGUGUGAACCAUAUGGUCAUUGGUGCUUAUCGAAUGGCUAUUUCCGCUUUCAUUCUAGCUCCAUUCGCCUAUAUCUUGGACAGGAAAACAAGACCGAAGCUAACGUUUAGGCUAUUCAUUGACCAUUUCUUCAGUGGUCUACUCGGGGCAAGUUUGAUGCAAUUUUUCUUUUUGCUUGGUCUGUCGUAUACAUCAGCAACUGUUUCGUGUGCUUUGGUAAGCAUGUUGCCUGCAGUCACCUUCGCUUUGGCCCUUAUUUUCAGGACUGAAAACGUAAAGAAUCUAAAGACCAAAGGAGGAAUGUUGAAGGUGCUGGGAACUCUAAUAUGCAUAAGUGGAGCUUUGUUCUUAACAUUCUACAAAGGCCCUCAAAUAUCAAACCCUCACUAUCAGUCAGACGCUCUUCACCACAACAACAAAGAUCAAGACAAAGCCAAGAACUGGCUUUUUGGAUGUCUUUACUUAACUAUAGGAACCAUGUUGAUGUCUCUCUGGAUGUUGUUUCAAGGCACUUUAAGCAUCAAGUACCCUUGCAAAUACUCGAGCACCUGUCUCAUGUCGAUUUUUGCGGCGUUCCAAUGUGCUCUAUUGAGCCUUUACAACGGCAGAGACGUAAAAGAUUGGGUUAUCGAUGAUAGAUUCGUGAUUAUUGUCGUCAUAUACGCUGGAGUGGUAGGGCAAGCCAUGUCGACGGUAGCGACAAUAUGGGGAAUAAAGAAAUUGGGAGCUGUUUUCGCAUCAACGUUCACUCCAAUCAGUCUUAUCUCAGCUACUCUAUUCGAUUUCCUCAUCUUACACACUCCAUUAUACCUCGGCAGUGUAAUUGGAUCAGUAGUGGCAGUAAUGGGUCUCUACGUAUUCUUGUGGGGUAAGAACAACGAAACGGAUACAUCAACUACAUUGCCUCCUCAGAUGGAUAACGAACAAAAUACUAAUAUUUCAAAUAAUAGUUCUAAUGUUUAAGGAGAGGAUUGUCAAAAACAUGUUUAAGGAGAGACAGUGAGAGAAUAUCCUUAUCUAAAGUCUAAAACUCCCAGAGUAUCAACGUAAAGAGUUGUCAAAUAUAUAUAUUCAUUAUU